AUGCGAGAGCGCAGCCCGGACGGCUGGGCAGGACGCGCGCUGUAUGUAGGGCUGUUCGGGCACCCCGGCAUGCUGCACAGGGCCAAGUACAGCCGCUUUCGGAACGAGUCCGUCACGUCCCUGGACGAAGGCAGUCCCGGAGGCUCCGUCGGGAACAAGGGCUCCCCGCAGCCUCCCUACCCCGCCCUGGCCCCGCACUUGCCGGCUGAAGAUGCCGCCUCGGCGUCCCAGGAGAGCCCCACCCCGCUGUGCACCUUGAUCCCGCGGAUGGCCAGCGUGAAGCUGGCCAACCCAGCCACCUUGCUGAGUCUGAAAAACUUUUGCUUGGGGACCAAAGAGGUGCCCCGGCUGAAGCUCCAGGAGAGCCAGGAUCCGGCUCCCAGCAGCCCGGCCUCCCCCGAACACAGUCUAAAUAGGUCCGGGUCUGCACCUCCGCAGCAGCAGGACGUGGUGGGGCGCAGGGCAAGCGCCCUAACUCCCGAUGCCUGCCCCCUCCCGGGCCCCGGGGAGCCACCCGCGGGGAGCAGGCAGGACCGGCACUGCCUGCAGCACCUGUUGGGGACGGGCAUGAACUACUAUGUGAAGUACAUGGGCUGUAUUGAAGUGCUGCAAUCGAUGAGGUCACUGGAUUUUGGAAUGAGAACUCAAGUUACAAGGGAAGCAAUAAGCCGUCUGUGCGAAGCUGUCCCUGGGGCAAACGGAGCCACUAAAAAGCGAAAGCCUCCAGUUAAGUUCCUAUCAACAGUUCUUGGCAAAAGUAACCUUCAGUUUUCGGGAAUGAAUAUAAAACUGACCAUCUCAACAUGCAGCCUUACACUAAUGAAUCUUGACAACCAACAGAUUAUUGCAAAUCAUCAUAUGCAGUCUAUUUCAUUUGCCUCUGGAGGGGAUCCUGAUACUACAGACUAUGUUGCCUACGUAGCUAAAGAUCCAGUUAAUCAACGAGCCUGCCACAUAUUGGAAUGCCGCAACGGAAUGGCCCAAGAUGUCAUAACUACCAUAGGGCAGGCUUUUGAGCUCCGGUUUAAACAAUAUUUGAAAAAUCCUUCUUUGAGUACUUCCUGUGAAAGUGAGGAGGUGCAUAUUGAUGGCCAUGCUGAGGAGAGAGAUGAUCAUGAGUAUUACAAUGAAAUACCAGGAAAGCAGCCACCCAUGGGUGGUGUUUCAGACGUGCGGGUCAGAGUUCAAGCCACAGAACAGAUGGCUUACUGCCCCAUACGAUGUGAAAAGUUGUGCUAUUUGCCUGGGAACUCCGAGUGCAGCAGCGUCUAUGAGAACUGUUUGGAGCAAAGCAGGGCACUCGGUAAUGCCCAUGAGAGAGCAGUGCCGUCCCAAAGAGACACCUCGUUAAUGAAGCACACCUGUCGAGUGGAUCUCUUCGACGACCCCUGCUACAUUAACACGCAGGCUCUUCACAGCGCACUGGGCUCUGCCCGAAAUCAAAGCUCCGCCCAGCCGCUGGGGAGCCUGUGGCACCGUGAAAAAGCACCCGAAACUGUUCAGCCAGGUGCCACGGCCCAGCCGGCCAGCUCCCAGUCUUUGCCACACAUUCAGCAGCAGCUGAGGAGUGAAGACUGCUACCAUGGCAAGCUGAGCAGGAAGGCGGCAGAGAACCUCUUAGUAAAGGAUGGGGACUUUCUGGUUCGAGAGAGUGCCACCUCUCCUGGCCAGUAUGUGCUGAGUGGACUCCAGGGAGGCCAGGCAAAGCAUCUUCUUCUGGUGGAUCCCGAAGGCAAGGUGAGGACCAAGGAUCAUGUAUUUGAUAAUGUCGGCCACCUUAUCAGAUACCACAUGGAUAAUAGUUUGCCAAUCAUCUCUUCUGGAAGUGAAGUAAGCCUUAAACAACCAGUGAGAAGAGAUAAUAUUCCAGGACUUUUGCAUUUAAACAAAUGA